AUUUCCCACAAAGUAGAUUUAUGAGAUAAUUUGCCUCACAUGGUGUUGCAAUUUUGUUAAAUGUGUGACUAGAGAGAGACACAGGAGAGAGUGUGGAGUGUUUAGUGCCAUUUGGAUUCUUCCUCUGUGGAUUUAUUAAGCCAGCUAAACAAGUAGUUGAUCCAAUAAAAAAAUAAGAUGAUGCGAGAUCGCGAGCACGAGUGGAAUUUAGACCGUGGCAAUCGAAUUAUUCACGAUGAGGAAUUUGGGGAGGACAAUGUGGAGCUUGUUGAUGCAGAAUGGAAGGAUUUUGAGAAUUUUCUCAGGGAGUUCCGGCAGCGACAAUUGGCCAGUGCUUCCAUGGAGAAUAUCCAUCGAACACGAAAAUCUAAGAGAGUUCGCCAUACAGCUUUCUACCCUUGUCCGCCGCCGAGUCUCUCUGAGAAUGAUCGAUACGACUCAUCAUCGUCUGACGAUGACGACAGUAUCAGCAUUGAUACAUCUGGCUACAUAAAUACCGUUAUGUAUGGUCGGUAUACGAAAGAUUUAGGAGAGUACGCAAAAGAUGAAGCGAGAAGACUUAAAUUGCUUGAACGACGACGGAAGCAGGAGGACAAGGCACGAAACAAGGAACUCCUCGGCCACCGUGAGAGUCGCUGCUUCAGAAUUAUGGCGUGGAUUUGGCGGCAUUCAGUCGCCAGGAUGGGCGAGGACUGGAUAUUUCUGGCACUACUGGGUAUCAUAAUGGCCCUAAUCUCAUACGUGAUGGACAAGGGGAUUUCAAUGUGCACAAAUGCACGCGUCUGGCUCUAUCGUGAUCUCACAUCCCAGCCAGUGGCUCAGUAUUUUGCCUGGGUCUCCCUCCCGGUAUCGCUCAUCCUCUUCUCAGCUGGCUUUGUGCCCAUUGCGCCGCAGAGUAUCGGUUCGGGGAUCCCGGAGAUGAAGACCAUCCUCCGUGGGGUUGCCCUCAAGGAGUACCUCACAUUCAAGACGCUCGUGGCCAAAGUGAUCGGACUCACGGCCACACUGGGCAGUGGAAUGCCUCUGGGGAAGGAAGGUCCCUUUGUCCACAUUGCCAGUAUUGUAGCCCAGCUGCUUAGCAAAUUGGUAACAUCCUUCCAAGGCAUUUAUGAGAAUGAGUCGAGGAACUCAGAAAUGCUCGCCGCGGCAUGUGCUGUAGGGGUGGGUGCUUGUUUUGCAGCUCCAGUUGGAGGUGUGCUUUUCAGUAUUGAAGUAACAACAACGUAUUUUGCCGUAAGGAAUUACUGGCGUGGCUUCUUUGCUGCUGUCUGUGGUGCCACUGUGUUCCGUCUGCUGGCCGUUUGGUUCCAGAAAGCAGACACCGUAACGGCUCUCUUCCCCACAAACUUCACCAUGGACUUCCCCUUUGACCCCCAGGAGCUUUUUGUAUUCGCCCUCAUUGGUGUGGUUAGUGGCUUGGGAGGAGCCCUGUAUGUAUGGGUCCACAGGAAGUACGUUCUUUUCAUGCGAUCCAACAAGAAAAUAAAUAAAUUUCUCCAGAAAAAUCGUUUCCUAUAUCCGGGAAUUUUGGCCCUCUUGGUGUCCUCAAUGUCCUUCCCACUGGGAUUUGGACAAUUCAUAGCUGGAGAAUUGAGUACACACGAGCAGGUUGUGCAGCUCUUUACCAAUUUUACGUGGACAAAGACAGAGCUCACUGUAGAACAGGCAGCCAUUGUCAAGUACUGGACAACGUCCUAUACUAAUGUUUUUGUAAAUUUAGCCAUCUACACAUUAUUUACGUUCUUUAUCUCCAUCAUUGCUUCAACAAUCCCAGUGCCAUCGGGAAUCUUUAUUCCAGUAUUCAAGAUUGGUGCUGCCAUUGGGCGUCUUGUGGGUGAAGCCAUUCAUCUGUGGUUCCCCAAUGGCGUGCGGUAUGGCGGGAAGUUGUCCCCCAUUAUCCCCGGUGGGUAUGCUGUGGUGGGUGCUGCUGGAUUCGCGGGCGCCGUGACGCACACUGUGUCCGUGGGUGUGAUCGUGUUCGAGAUGACGGGUCAAAUCACACAUUUGGUGCCCGUGAUGAUUGCCUCGUUGAUCUCCAAUGCCAUUGCGGCGCUACUGCAGCCAUCCAUGUACGACAGCAUCAUCCUCAUAAAGAAGCUACCGUACCUGCCUGAUCUUCUGCCCUCCAGCUCGGGGAUGUACAGUAUGCACGUGGAGAAUUUCAUGGUGCGCGACGUCAAGUACAUUUGGCAAGGGAUCACGUAUCAGGAGAUGAAGGAAGUCCUCAAGGCCAAUAAAACCCUCCGUGGCUUCCCACUGGUGGAUGAUCCGGAGAAUAUGAUCCUCCUGGGUUCGGUGCAGCGCUUCGAGUUGAUUAAGAUGAUCGAUAAGCACAUUGGGCGCGAGAAGAGACUCGAAGUGGCGGCCAAGUGGCAGAAGGAAGCGCAGGAACGUGCGCGGGAGGAGCAGGAGCGUCAGCAACGGGAGGAGAAUGAACGACAGCGUCGUCCGUCGCGCUUUGAAGUUAUGCCCGCACCGGAUAUUCUCACCUUACGCCAAAUUGCCAACAAUGAAAUGCUUCCGCCGCAGGCGAAGAAGGUUCAGGCACUCAAUCAUCCCAUCCUUGGGUCACAGCCCAAGAAAUCCAUUCUCAAGAAGACAAACUCCUUCAAUCUCAAAGGGUUCUCCCCCCUUUCUCCCCAUAGUCCCAGCUCAACGCCCUACUCCACAAUUACCGGCACUGAGAGUCGCAUCCGAUCAGCCUUUGAGAUUAUCUUCCGCAAAUCCGCCACACUGGCCGAUGUUCAGCCUGAUCCGGAGGUGGGGUCAAUUGGAUCACCCAGCAUUGGUGGCCCGGAUUCAGCUCCAUUGAGCCCGAGUAUCUCGAAGAAGGUGCAACUGCCGCGGGAGCGUGUGUGUGACAUGUCACCGGAAGAUCAGAAAAUUUGGGAAAUGGAGGAAAUGGCAAAGCCCAUUGAUCUCGUUGGGGCGAAUGUUCACAUCGAUCCAGCACCCUUUCAGCUUGUCGAGCGGACGUCCUUGCUCAAAGUGCAUUCCCUCUUCUCCAUGGUGGGCAUUAAUCAUGCCUAUGUCACAAAGAUUGGCAAACUCGUGGGUGUUGUGGGGCUCAAGGAGCUCCGCCAGGCCAUUGAGGAUGUCAAUAGUGGGGCAAAUUUAGCAAAACCCAAUGCCGAUGAGGAAUUAACGCAACUCCCAGUGACCCCAUUGACCCCACAGGAGGAGCCCCUGCUGCAGAAGAGCAAUGCAAAUGUGAACAACACGGUCUCCUCGAUGGAUUCUGCCCUCUCAAAUUCCGACAAUUGCUCGGACAUUGAGUUGGAUAACAUUGGCAAUGGUGAAAAGAAGAGGAUGGACUGAACCCCCACGCCCUCCGUGUGAGUGCCCAAAAUGUGAUUUCCGACGAUGAUGUAGAAAAAAAAUCCUCAAGCCGAUGUAAACGAUAUAUGAUUGUGAUUGUGUUUUAAUUGUUAAUUAAUUUAAAAAUUUAUUUUUAAUUUUAAAAAUGAACCCCUUUCCCCCUUCGACGAAACUAUAAAACCCCCAUUUGUCUGCCCCUUUUUAUCCUCAAUCCCCGAAGUAAAACUCAUAAAGAAAAAAAAGACAAUUCUGUGCUUUAAAAUAGACAAAAAACAAUUCUUAUUUUCUAAAUGAUUUUUUUUUGCAAUAUUUUUUUGUGCUUGAGUUCUUUUUGUGAAUAUAU